CCCGCGCCCGCUUCCUCCCCCCGGCCGCGGCGGGGGAGCCGCUGGGUUUGUGAAAAAACUAGAUUUCCAAAAUGAAUAAAGAUGCCCAGAUGAGAGCAACCAUUAACCAAAAGCUAAUAGAAACAGGAGAGCGAGAGCGCCUUAAAGAGUUGCUGAGAGCCAAAUUAAUUGAAUGCGGCUGGAAGGAUCAGUUGAAGGCACACUGCAAAGAUGUCAUUAAAGAAAAAGGAUUAGAGCAUGUUACUGUUGAUGAUUUAGUGGCAGAAAUCACUCCCAAAGGCAGAGCCUUGGUACCAGACAGUGUAAAGAAAGAACUCUUGCAAAGAAUAAGAACCUUCCUUGCCCAGCAUGCCAGUCUUUAACUUUGAUGUUCAUCUGGGAUACAGUGUUUCUGUUUCUGUAUUAUGUCAAUCAUGUCAGGAUUGGAAUGCAGUUUCCAUACUUAAGGAUGGAAAAGCAUUAUUACUUUUUUUGUAUGAUGAGUUGAAGUUUCUUUGCACUGCAUUGAUUUCUUAAACUUGGUGUUAUUUUAAUAAAAAAUUUUGUGGA